AUGCUUUUCUCUCGUCUUUUCUGUCUUUCCGUCGCCUCUGUCGCGACCGCGCUCAAUUUUCCCGCUCCCACCCAAGCACCGGGAAAGCGUGACAUGAAAGACUGUUACAAAGUCCUCGCCGAGGAGAGCGAGGCCUUGAUUGCCGUCCCCACCGUUGGCAUCGACAUGAUUGAAUUCCUUGGCCAACAAACCCAGCUCGCCACAGUCACUGACAACUGCCUGAUCCCCUCUGUCACCGGUUCACUCGCUCCCCAGUACACCUCAUGGCAAAAGUCCGUUACCAAGUGGCAAGUUGAGCAUAGCAGCGCGGUCCAGGCGCUCCAGUCCGCUUGCUCUGACGUGAUGGAAGGUGUGGUGUCUGGUCUCGGCUUGCCUGUCAAAGACGGCAUGGUUGGUACAGCAACCAUUUGCUCCCAAUACUACUUCGAGACUGAAGCUGUCAAGGGCGCCGCUGUUGAGCACCGCACAGAAGGGGCGGCACUCGCCGCUAUAAUCGCCACGAGUCUGUUGGCCCUCCACCUAUUUUAA